AUGGAAAAUAAUCGCGGGCAACAGUCAAGGGAUCUGCAAAGGGAAAGACGAACUCAAAAUGCAAGAAAUCGGAGGCAAAAUAUAAGCACCGAGCAAAGAGAACAAGAAUUGUCUAGAAGACGAACAAAUUAUAGACAAUCAAAAGAAAGGGGAAAACAACCUCAGACAACAAGUGAAACAAACAGAGAUCACAUGAUGCCAUUUAAUGAUUUGACAAAUUUAAAUUUCACAUCGUCACGUGUUCAAGGAACACAUGACAAUGAGGCUGGAAUAAGUAGUCGUCGACGAAUCAAUCACACCACAUCUGCAUAUUUUCAAGGAACUCAUCAUAAUGAGGCUGGACCAAGUAGUCGUCGACGAUUCAAUCACACCACAUCUGGAUAUUUUCAAGGAACUCAUGACAAUGAAGCGGGACCAAGUAGAAGAAAUAAUGAUGACACUACAAGUGAGACUCCAACAUCAAAUGUCGUCUCCGACACCACACCUAAUGACGCAACAUCGUAUUACAAUCAAGUUACACAAGUAGCUGCUCCCGAAGAGCUGCGGCAGUUAUUUUCAGACACUACAAUUGAAGGUCGACAUUUUAGACAAAAUAUUAGAGGUUACAACCAUGUUAUGUCUUUCACUUCCUUGGGUGUUCAUAUCGAUGAAACAAUGCAUGCUACAAGUCGUGGUAUAUACACAUUCCGUGCCCAAGGAUCAAUUUACCACAAAAUAGGUGGAUUUCAUCCAAAUCAAGGUUCUAGGCCGCGAUUUUUGCAAUUGUACAUUUAUGAUACGGACAAUGAGCUUCAAAAUAGAAUGAUAGAAAACCCUCAACUAAACCAAGAUGUUGUGCGUAGAUUGCAAAAUAUGCUCUACCAAUACAAUCCUUUUGUGCAUAAUUUAAGGCAGCUUGCACUUCAGCCGAAUGUUCACGAGUGUAGGCUUCUUAUUAAGGAGCGUCCAUCAAAUCAACCUCAAUAUAAUCUCCCAUCUGCUUCAGAAGUCGCUGCAAUUAUUGUUGGCGGUGAUGAUGUAACACUGGAACGUGGACGAGAUAUAAACAUCUUCAGCAACGAUGGAAAUCUACAAAAGGUUCAAGAAACAAUGGGAUAUUAUGAUCCAUUGCAAUAUCCGUUAUUGUUUCCCUUUGGUACAUAUGGUUGGGACCUCCAAACAAGAAAUUCUUCUGGAACAAAGAUUUCAUGUCGGGCAUACUAUAGUUACAUGCUCCAGAUUCGUGCAAAUGACCGAUCUAUAUUGUUAAAAUCUGGUCGACUUCUACAACAAUAUGUUGUUGAUAACUAUGUUAAGAUAGAAACUGGAAGACUAAGGUGGAUGCGGAGAAAUCAGAAUAAUAUUCGGUCUAAGAUCACUUCUGAACUUGGCCCUAAUCAAACCCCACAAGAUCGUCCUGACUUGCUAACAAGAAUAUUCUGCUCUAAAUUUGAGCAAUUGAAGGAUGAUGUCAUAACUAAAGGUGUCUUAGGAAAGGUUAAAAGUUAUAUGUAUGUAACUGAAUUUCAGAAACGAGGUCUCCCGCAUGUGCAUAUGUUGUUAAUCUUUGAUAACGAUGACAAGUUACGAGAACCAGAAGAUUAUGAUAAGGUGGUAAGAGCAGAAAUACCAAAGGUUGAAUCUGAGCCCCAAUUGUAUGAGGCAGUCCUAAAACACAUGAUUCAUGGGCCAUGCGGCAGACUGAAUCAAAAGUCACCAUGCAUGAGUAAAGAAGGGCAAUGUAAAAAGAGAUAUCCAAAAGAAUUUGUAGAAGAGACCCGUCAAGGAAAUGACUCAUAUCCUCAAUACAGAAGACAAUUUAAUGAACAAGUUUCUCUUAAUAGAAAUAUUCAUGUAGAUAACAAAUGGAUGGUUCCUUAUAAUCCAUGGUUGCUGUUAAAAUAUGAUUGUCACAUAAAUGUUGAGGUAUGCAGCAGCAUCAAAAGCAUUAAAUAUCUCUACAAAUAUGUUUACAAGGGACCUGAUCGUGUCGCGAUGGAAGUUCAUAGAGGAACAAAUAUGGAUGAAAUUCAGCAGUUUGUAAAUGCAAGAUGGAUUUGUGCUCCAGAGGCAUUAUGGAGAAUAUUUAAAUUCACUUUAUACAAGUUAUAUCCCUCCGUUGAAAGACUGCAAAUUCACUUACCAAAUCAUCAAGAAGUGCGAUAUUAUAACCAUCAACAAAUUGUUGCUGUGCUGAAUGAUGACCGAAAUUCAAAAACAAUGCUCACAGAAUUCUUUGCACUAAACCAAAUGGAUCCAUAUGCUAGAAAUUUAUUGUACAGACAAAUUCCAGAGCAUUAUUGCUGGAAAAAAGGGGUUAAGAAAUGGUAG